AUCGCCUUUUGAUGACGACUAUGCAACUCACCCUGUUCUGGACUGUGUGUCUGCUUCCUGGCCACCUAGCCCUGCCACUGUCCCAGGAGGCUGCCGAUGUGAGCACGCUGCAGUGGGAACAGGCUCAGGAUUAUCUCAGGAAAUUUUACCUUCAUGACUCUAAAGCAAAGGAGGCCAACAGCCUAGUGGUCAAACUCAAGGAAAUGCAGAAGUUCUUUGGCCUGCCCGUGACUGGAAAGCUAUCCCCCCAGAUCGUGGAACUAAUGCAGAAACCGAGAUGCGGAGUGCCAGAUGUUGCAAAAUAUUCCCUAAUGCCAGACAGUCCAAAAUGGCAUUCCAGAGAAGUCACCUACAGAAUCAUGUCCUAUACUUCAGACUUACCACAGCCCAAGGUGGAUCAAAUCGUGGCAAAAGCUCUCAGAAUGUGGAGCAAGCAGAUCCCACUGAAGUUCAGAAGGGUCAGGUGGGGGACUGCAGACAUCAUGAUUGACUUUGCAAAGGGAGAUCAUGGAGACAGUCUCCCGUUUGAUGGGCCAGGAAACACACUGGCUCAUGCCUUUGCGCCGGGGCCAGGCCUCGGAGGAGACGCUCACUUUGACGAGGACGAAUACUGGACUGAUGGUGAUGGCCCAGGAGUGAACUUCCUGCAUGCUGCCACCCAUGAAUUCGGCCACUCUCUGGGUCUGGGCCACUCUUCCGACCCCAGUGCUGUGAUGUAUCCUACCUAUGGAAAUGGCAACCCAGAAGACUUCAGACUUACAGAGGAUGACAUUGAAGGCAUUCAGAAGUUAUAUGGAAAGAGGGAUGAUUUGUGGACGAUGCAGACACUUCAAAGAGGCUAACUGUGCUUUCAUUAGGCUCUCCAUUGCAUUCCCAAUCAGAAUGAGCAAACGCCCUUCCUGAACUAUUGGGGACUUGGGGGGUCCAGCCCCUCAAUAGUCCCCUCCCAGGGUCCGGGAAGAAUCUACAACCAGCUAAAGAAAUGAAUCUAUGUACACGAAACUCCUUAGUCCAUACACUUUAUUAUUCUGUGUGAGUUCUCUCCCUAUAAGCUUCUAUUCUCUUUUAGCUCCUUUCCUGCCUGAUCUCUCUAUAUUCAUCUACUGCUCCCUCUAAGUUCUAGCUUAAUCCUCUCAUCUUAAUUCUGCCUCAUCUAGGUCCUUAUCAUCUUGCUCUUAUCCAGCUAGUACUUCCCCAUCUGGCUCUUCCUCAUCUUCCAUCUCUUCCACACGUUCUCUCUGGUCAAAAUCCUCCUUAUCCUUCUCUGUUCUCCGUCUCUAAGUUCUCCACAUUCCUCCUAAGUCUCUCUGGAAUCCAGUUAUAAACCCAAGCAAUAGCAAUCCCCCGGUCAAGCAAGGUCACCAGGCUUGAAUUCUAUGGGGUCAUAAAGGCAGGUAAGAAUUUUCUUCAGGCAAUGACCACCAGGCUUUCUUUUACAAUCCAAAAUGGGAGUGGUAAAGAGGAGGUCAACUGAGUGCUAAUGAACGGUUAGUAUGUGAAAAAAGGAUCUAUGUGCUCAGUCUACAUUCUUAGAAGUGGUUAGGUAGGAAGUUAGGGGUCAUUAGUAAGGUUAUAUAAGAAAGGAGGGUCUCACCCUAAAUUGCACAAGAAAUAAAACUAUCUGCCUGACCUAGGAGACAGGUGUAGUUUCGUUUGGUCUUGGAUGCUUGACAGGCAUUUUAGAUAAAUACACUGUUAGGAGUUCUUGGAAGCAUGCAAGAAAAUCAUUUUAGGAAC